AACGCGCCCCAAACAUCGAGAAAAAGACGGCGGUUUGUCGUCGGUAUCGAACGGUCCCGAUAAUUAUUGAACGGUGGGCUCUCGGGAGCCGGCCAGUUGAGUGCUUCGUUAAUUUGGAGGGAAGAACGUGAUUUACUCUCCUUGAAUAGUUCUUCUGGAUCGGGGAUGACUUGCCGACGCUCUGGUUUUUGUGGGUCCUUCGUGGGCCGAUGAGGAUCUUUCACACAUGAAGCAGCAGAUGCCGGGCGGGAACGCAUUAAUCGUUCAACUGCUGCAUAAGGAGUUCCUUUAUGACUAAAUAAUCUAAGUUUGUGGUGAAAUAGAGUGUCAAAGGAUAUUUAAAAUGACGCUACUUCUAGGAAAUCAAAACUGUUUGGAUGGUCUGCGCAAGGACGUCACAGAUCUACAAGGAAUAAUCGUAGAUGUGUUUUCACGGGUUGGUGCAGUUCGUUAUCCAUCAUGGAAAUUUCCAGACAAAACUUCAUGUGAUUUGGAUCUUGUUACUUUAUUGGAGCAUUUUGAUUAUAUGGAAGGUGACCCAGAAUACACACAGCAUUCUCAUGUUGUGCUGUUUGAACUAGUGAUUGACAGGUAAAAUACAAUCUGUUCUUUGGCUUUUCGCUUCAGAAUGCACUGGGCUGCAGUGGAAUUCUGACCAAUGUACACGCAGUGACUAUUCUUUAAGGACUUAUUUCAUGCCCACAUCUUACUUCUAUUUUUCAUGGAAUAAGGUUGUACUCAAUGACUUAUCAAAGUUCUAGAGCUAUUUCUUUGUCUCUGUCUAUCACCUUCUCUGCAGCUUCACCAUUUCUGCCUGGCUUAGCCUAAUGGUGCUGAAUUGCUUACCAGCAUUCCUUUUAUAUCAAGGGUACUUUUUAAAAUUAAAUUAUUGACCUUUUCCCUAACUUUUUCAUGCACAAACAUCAUGUCUCCAUUUUGGCCCCAAAGAAAAGUCCAGCCCUUCUAUCAUGCAAGCCCGUAAUAGAUUUCUUUGCUCUUUGUCCAAACAUUAUCAGAUUCAAUAUACUCAUAUUCUUCUUAAGCCCAUUACCCCUACUGGGGCACAGGCUGCUGACAGCAGCUCACCAGAAUCCUCUGUCCUGGGUCAGUCUUUCAAUCUUCCCCAGGUGUAGCGUAUCAUAUGUCUUCUAGGUGAAGAUCCUUUCUCUCCUUUAGAGCUUCUGUUGGCAUUUCUGCCUAACAUUCUGCCCCAUGCCUAACCCUCCUCCUUCCGCAGUUGGGCUAGAGACCGUCCGUGGCGGAGUUCAAUAUAGUCAUAUACAGGGACCUAAUUGUCAACAACUUCAGUGCACCUGAUCUAUACCAGCCUAUUUCUCUAAAUACAUUUAGACCUAAUUUGCAGUUUAAAAAAGCAGAAAACUGACAUUAAUCUGAAACAUUGUUUGCUGAGUAUUUCCUGUGAUUACUGAUUCUGUAUCUAUAUAUCAGCCUGUACCCUUUGAUCACACAACACUGGCAAAUAAUAGUGUGAAGGAUUCUUUUAUAUCAACCUUAAAUGACGAUGCUCUCGUAACCUAAAUCCCUAAGUUCCACUCCAUUAAUAUUUCUGUUCAGCUUCUAUGAUAUCUACAUUUAGAAACCCACUUUCCAUUCUUCAGCUCUUGUAUUCAUGUUUUAUGUACAUUUCACCAAUAGGAAAUGUUUAUGAAAUGGAAUAUAGAACAGUACAGCACAGAAACAUGCCCUUCAGUCCACAAUGCAGUAUUGAACUAAUUAAAUAAAUAAUCACAUGCCCUACUAAACUAGUGCCUUAGUGCCACUAAACAAUGUCCAUAUCCUUCCAAUUUGUAAGUGUUCAUGCACCUUUCGAGAAUAUCUAUUGAAUUUAAAAUACUUCUGAGUUAUAAGUUACCAUAUUCCAUAACAUAUGUCAAUGUUGAUAAACCUGAUUUUGAUUAUAUUACAUUUUGCUGAAUAAAAUUUUAAUGUGCUUUCUCACCAGCAGAUGUCACUGCUGCAUUUUGAAAAUGGCUUGGGUUGCAAAAUAAGUAGGGUCCAGUGUCAUACUAUCCAAAAGUCACUGCGAGAUUAAUAAUAUCAUGGUUCUGAAAGAUAGAUUAAAAACUGAAAAUGCUAAAAAUACACAACAUGUUGGAAUGAGUAAUAGUACUAACGUUUCAGAUCAAUGGCCAGAUAUAAGAUCACCAUUUAUUGCCUCACUGCACUUCUAUUCACCCCUUCCUGCCCUACCCUAACCUUGCACUACCAAUUACAACUACCUCUGAUCCCUCUCUGCUCCCAGUUUCAACAUUCAACAGAAUAUUCUCCAACAUUUCUGCAUUAGCACAAAAUCUUCUCUCUUCCCCUCCUAGCAUUCUCUGCACAACAAACAUCUUGGCCACUCAUCCAGCACUCCCAAUGCCCACUCUAUUUCUCUUGAUACUCACCCACACAGAGGUAGAAGAUUAGACAUCCACACUUUCACAUCCUCUUUUCUCACCAUCAUGAUCCCAAAAUUUCCCUUCCAGAUGAAACUUUAGUUUAAUGUACUCUGUUCCAGAAGUGCACAUAUGCUUUAAAAACUGCGGAUGCUCGAAAAUUAAACAAAAAUGCUGGAAAUACUCAGCAGGUCAGGCUGCAUCUGUCGGAAGGGAAACAGAGUUAAUGUUCCAGGUUGAAUUGACAAUAGUGUUUUGAUUCAUUUUGCUUUAACUGAGACAUUUAUUCUCUGAACAUGACUUAAUUUAUUUCAAUGGGGAGAGAUGGUUCCAAGUGAUGGGUUAAAUUCCAGGUAUUACAUAACUCUUUGUAGUAAAUGUUUUCCAUUAAAUAUUUUAUUACUCUUGAUUGUCUUUGAAUUACACAGACAUUUGCAGACAGAUACGUAGUCAAAAUUUUUGACUGUUGCCAAGCUGGGGAACCUUGUUAUUUUUAGUAUAAAAACAGUUUCCUGCACUGAGCUUCACAGAUCACAGGCUGGCUGCCAGUACUGUAUUGAUAAGUGCAAAAGAGAGUAUUGAACAGAGACAGGUCAUAGAGGUGUGUAGUUGAAUCGAACUCCCUGUCCGUAUAUUGUAUACCACUCUUCUACUUAAUGCUCAUGAUAUGGUUUCCUCCUUGGUGAGAAGACCAAAGAAACAUAAGCAAUCAUUUUACACUUCUGUUUGGUUCCCAAGCUACCGAUCACUUACCAUUUUAAUUCACCAGCUCUUUCAUCUCUAUCAUCAAGUUUUCACACUUUUUCAAUGAAACUCAAAGAAUAGUGCCUUAUUUUUCAGUUAAGUUGUCAUAGUAAUGAUUUACACUUCCUGAUGCAUCUUUAAUUUGUUUACCUUUCUCACUUUUCUUGCCUCAUCAUCUUUUGCCUUUUGCCAUUUAAUCUCUUUUAUCUUCCACCUUAUCACAUAUUUCCCAUUGAAUGACAGAAUAGUCAAUCAAGGGUCAAAUAGUGUGUUCCAUCUUCUUAUGUUCUUUUCUCCAGGUCACAGCUUCUAUAUUCAUUUAAAAUUUGCUUUAAUGAUACUGCAACUUUUAUUUUAUUUAUCUAUUUUAUUUAGCGAUACAGCACAGUAGGCCCUUCUGGCCCUCUUGAGUCACGAUGCCCCAGCUACUUCAACCCCGAUUAACCCUAACCUAAUCACGGAUAUUUUACAAUGAUCAAUUAAUCUACCCAGUAGUCUUUGGAUUGUGGGAGGAAAUCUGAGGACCUGGAGAAAACCCACACAUUCCAGGAGAGGAUGUACAUAGACAGCUUACAGAACAAUGCCAGAAAUGAAAUCCAAAAUGACUUGAGCUGUAAUAGUGUCACGCUAACUGCUACACUACCAUAGUGCCUAUAGUUUUUUUCUUUAUUUUGAAAGGGACAAAUCACUUCAGAUAUUUUGAAAAAUACAUUUUUUUUAAAUUCAUAAGUUUGUUAACAGGUGUUUAAUAAAUGACUUCAACAUAGUAACAUGGAUGUAACAGCUUUGCUGUGAUACAGUGCUGCUCCAAUCACUCAGCUGGUUUGCCUUCCAACUGAACAGAUUUAAUUAAAGAGAAAAAGUCUCAGGUACAUUAUCAGGAAAACAUUGGCUGAGAUUAUGGAGCAUCUGAAGUCAAGGUGCUGACUGAGGCCUGAUUUCAACAGGUGUGCUGCUCUUUCUUCUCCUGAGACCUGGCAACACUCACUGCUGGGAGGAUCGUUAAAUGUGAUUCCAGAAUUCUUGCUUAUGUUUCAGAUUUUCAAAAUUUCCACAGUAUAUUGCCAAUGUGUCUGAGAAGUGAAUAUUUGAAACAUUUCACAGUGAAAUGUACAAAAGCAAACCAAACCAAUAAAAAUAACAUUUCCAGGUAAUUUUAUAGCUUGGAAAUAAUCACAGUGCACAGGAAUCUUAAAAUCAAUCUGGUGCGAAUUCUUCUAAGUAAACACCAAUGAACAGGAAAGCCUAUAAAAAGUUGUGAAUACAGUCAGCCCUGUCCCUCACAGGAAAACCCCUCCCCAUCAUUGAAGCACAUCUACAGGGAGUGCUGCCACGGGAAAGAAGCAUCCAUCACCAAGGGCCGCCACCAUCGAAGGCAGGUUCUCUUCUCACUGCUGCUGUUGGGAAGGAGGUACAGGAGACUUAAUUACCCUUCAACCUGAACCAGCGUGGAUAACUUCACUCUCCUCCAUACCCUGUGGACUCCCUUUCAUGUUCUCUGUAUUAUUUGUUAUUUAUUUAUUUUUAAUGGGUUUUUUUGUAAUUGCCUUAUUAUGCACAUUGUUUUUUUGUCCAUUUAUGUCAUUUGGGGGUUUUCAUUGUUUCUGUUGUGUUUCUUUGCAUCUCCAUGAAAAUGAAUAUCAGGGUAGUACAUGGUGGCAUAUUCAUACUUCAAUAAUAAAUUUACUUUGAACUUUGAUAAGUACUUUCUACUUGGAUAAGAUUUCUGUCCUCUCUACAUGACUAUACUCACUAGUUUCAGAGAAAUUGAGCAACAAUUAUAGAAACCAUUGGUAGCAUACAAAGUUAGCAUUAAAUAUCUAAAACUCCUGCACUCAAUAUAAAUUAAACUGAUGAGAACAUUCAAAAAGUCUGAAAACAGUUUGGAGUGGGAUGACCUGGUACUGCAUGGAAGUAAAGGAGGACUAUGACUUCAGUCAGAGCUCGAAGGUCAGUAUCAUAUUUAAACUUGCUUAACAUUUUGGGUUUACAGACUUUGAUAUAAGACAUUAUUCUCUGAAAUCGCUAACAGAUCGGUUUGAACAUGCCUUCUCUUCCCCAAUGAAGCCAUUCAAAAUUUGGUGGAACUAGUUGCCAUUCUUAACAUCACCAGAGGCACCUGACCCAGUAGGUACCAAUAAUUAGAUUUGUAAUGAAAGUUUACUGUCUAGACAUCCCUCCUCUUUAGAGAUUUCUUUAUACAAACCUAAAUGGACAUGAUCCACAAAUCCUAAAAAAGAUUUAUCUGCUAGCACUACUUCAUAUGAAAUAUUCAAAUGAUUCUGAUAAUUCAUUUGGCUUUUGUAGUAGGAAUUUUUAAACAUGACAGAUAAGGGAAAUUCACCAACAGGAUAAGCAGAUAACUCAGAAUGAAUUUGCUUCAUUAGAUACUAACAUCUAUUUAAAACAGUAAUCAACAUGCUAUCUUUUUUCCAAGCCAUUAACCAAAUAAAAUUAUUUUGUGACAUUUUUAAGUUACCCUUGUUGAAAAAUGUAACUACACUCUACAAUUUAGCAUUAUUUGCAUAUAGCUGGCUUAAUCAAACAACUUAUGCUAAAAUAAAAUUAUAUUAGAACGGAUACUAAUAUAAUUGUACUUCAUUUUCUAGGCUGGUGCUAUUGCUUCAGAGUUUCACACACUAUGUUGAUGUUUUAAUAAAGGAUCAGACUAUCCCUGUUUCUAAGUCAGUUGGUCCAUCUAUGUCUGUGGGCCUGGUAGUGAAAAAAUAUUGGAACAGCAUGCUUAAACUUGCUUCCCUCUAUCAGAAG